AUGUGGCCAGAGCAGGCAGAUGUAUCUACAUGCUACCCACCUGAAACACCUGAAGAAGUUUUAACUACAGUUGUCAGUGAAGAAGCUACUUGUCCCAUAGAGAUCCGUAGGUUCGCUUCCCUUCCUAAACUUAUAAAUGUCACUAAGCUAGUAAUUAAGUUCACUAGGCUCCUUAAACGUACCAUUGGGAAUCGUAAAACUAAGAACUCAGGACCCGUAAACUCUGAAAAUGUCGAAGUACAGAACUCAGAAGCAUUACAAAUUCUUGUUGGCUUCACACAGAGUCAGUAUUUCCCAGAGGAGUUGUCAUACCUUAACAAGAAUUCCCACAAAAUUCCAGCCAGAAUUAAAUGCCUAGGCUUGUUCCUGGAUGAGAAUGGACUUUUGCGAUGCACUGGGAGACUACAAAAUGCGGACCACCUUCCAUAUAGCAGUAAAUUUCCUCUGCUUUUACCUCCAAAUUCUCCUUUGACUGGACUUAUAGUCAUUCAAGCACAUGAAAAUGUUCUUCAUGCAGGCGUUCAAGACACAAUUUGCAAGGUGAGAGAAGAAUACUGGAUACCAAGACUGAGACAGUGUGUCAAGAAGAUGAAAACGAAGUGUCACCUAUGUAACCGUCUGGAAGGACCUGCAUUGCGCAGGCCUCCUCCGCCACCUCUACCGGUUUGCAAAGUGAACAGUCUCCGGCCAUUUGAGGUGACCGGAGUAGAUUUGACUGGACAAAUUCUUAUCUGCAAUCCAGCCACUAAAGAACUAGACAAGGUUUACAUAGUCGUAUUCACUUGUACCUCAACACGAGCUUGUCACCUGGAAGUGGUAAAAGACUUAACCAGCACUGCUUUUCUCAAUUCCUUCAGGCGAUUCACUGCACGAAGAUCUUGCCCUUGUCGAAUGAUUUCUGACAACGCCACUAACUUCAAAACUGGUUCUUCCUUGAUUCAGUCCUUGUAUGAUGACACUGACGUACAGUCCACACUGACUAGGGAAAAUUGUAAAUGGACAUUCAUCACACCUAGGGCACCCCAUCAAGGAGGCUUCUAUGAGAGGAUGGUUGGCAGUGUGAAAUCAGCACUAAAGAAAGCUAUAUUCAAGAAGAGGAUUAAUUCUGACGAACUGAAUACCAUUGUCACUGAGAUAGAGCGUCAUAUUAACAAUAGACCUCUUACAUAUGUGGAUGCUACAUCUCCAGAUACCGUCGAUGCCCUUAACCCCUUCUCACCUGUUGUAAUACAUGCAUUCCAAGAACAGUGGGAGAAGGAAUACUUGCAGUCCUUGAGAGAUAGACACUAUUUCAACGGGGAUCCAACCCAACCGUUCCAAACCAAGAUUAAAGUAGGAGAUGUGGUGUUAGUACAUAAUGACACCCCUCGUUGCAUGUGGAAAUUGGCAAGGGUCAUUCAGCUGAUGCCCAGCUCUGAUGGACUGGUCAGAGUUGUGAAGCUACAGACCAGUAAUGGAGAGACAACUAGGUCAGUUGACAAACUUUACCCGCUGGAGGUCUCUAAGCCAGUGGAUAUGUAUACUGUAGAAGCUGCGGAGAAAAAUUUAGGAGACAGUCAAAAUUCUGAAGGCUAUCAAGCAGAAGAGAGACCAAAGAGAAGAGCCGCCACGAACUCGAGGCGAUUCUUACAGCAGUUGAUUAAUGAUGAAGCUGUUUAA